AUGUCGGAAGUCCUGCCUUUUAACGAGGAUAAAAUGAGUCACUACGAGGGAGAAGACGGGCACCUGUCGUUCACCUGCCGCCUGCAGGACACCAACAACUUCUUAUGCGGAGCCCAGAACAAGCGCCCGCCGAAGCUGGGCCAGAUCGGCCGGAGCAAGAGAGUGAUUGAAGACGAGAACGCAGAGGAGGACGCACAGCAAAAUGGGACAGAGAAAACUCCAGCAGAGGCUUAGACCAUCCUCCCUUCAAACCAC